AUGGGCCUGCCUGAUGCUGUGCAGGAAGGCCAGGCCCGACAAGGAAACGGUCACAGCACGAGGGAGGCACCGCCGGAUCGACUCAAGUUGCUCAAAGGAGCAGCUGGGAUCUACUUUUUCUUCAUUUGGUAUGGGAGGCUUCAAGAAAGGAUCUUUAAGUUCAAGUCUUCAACCGGACAGAGGUUCACUGCAGUGUGGUUUCUGCAGUUGGUGGAUACGUUGAUGAACGUGGCGGUAGGCUACGCCGGGCGGUGCAUCCAGGGAAGCACGCUUGGCUUACCUCAGGCGCUGCUAGUCGCUUCAGGGGUCGGCCAAGUACUUUCGAAAUACUGCACAAGUGCUGCUCUUGCCGCCGGCCUGUCCUUUCCUGUAGCCACCCUGGCCAAGUCUGCAAAGAUGCUUCCGGUUAUGAUCGGAUCCCUUCUUUUGGGACAAGCCAAGUUCACGCUUCGCCAAUACCUGCAAGCUGUAGCCAUCGUUGCCGGGACAAGUAUCGUUUCGCUCUCGGAAGGACGAAGUAAGAAAGUCGGCGGCAGCACCACGAUCGGGCUGCUCUUCGUCAUGGGCGCUUUGUGCUUCGAUGGAGUGGUUAGCGGCGUUCAGCAAAGACUGAAGGUUCAGUGCCGGAAGGAAUACAAAGAGGUCCGUCCGUACGACUUAAUGUUUUGGACAAACCUUUACAUGGCAAUCACGUCUAGCCUCUUCGCAGUUCGUUCAGAGCUUCGCGAGGGUCUGACAUUCUGCUUCGCGAAUCCGAACUUUGCUCGGCAAGUUGUUCAAUUCUCCAUAUGUGGGGCCUUGGGCCAGGCUAGCGUCUUCUACACAAUCGCAAACUUCGACAGUGUGGUUUGCGCAGCGGUGACAACAACCCGCAAGUUGCUGUCGGUGCUGAUUUCUGUGUUGGAAGGUGGCGGCUUGCCGGUGAUGGGUUGGCUUGGCAUCGGCGUGUCCUCGCUUGGCAUUGCAGGCGGAGGUGGGCUUGGCUCCUUCAGAGGUGACGGCCACACGCAGGUGAUGAAGAGUCGAAAGAUGGUGAACUUGACCGUCACCAACGCCCUGGAGGUGGUCGAGCAGGGCCAGGGGACGAUGGAAGAGCCCGGCAUGGAGUGCACAGCAGCUGCAAGAAGUGGAUCGGUUCAAAUUUGCAAAAACGGAGAAUUUCCUCCCUUUGCUUCAACGCUGGCAGCAACGCCGGCGCCGGAGCCGGAGGAUGGGACCCUCUGGCUGCUACAGCAGGCCCGGGCCCGGAGGCUGCAUACGUCGUUGGCUGCAGGUUUGGGAGGCUUGCUCCGGGCAGCGGACGACGAGAAGGCACAGGAAAGCCUCGACGGCGAGAAAGCGAAGCUGCCACCUCCAAAGCCGAGCUCUGGCUGGAUCAAUGAUGUGGUUGCACGGGCCACACAACAUGAGAACGGUGCUUCCGAUUCGCUGUUGCAGCUGCUGCGGCCGCGGCUGCAGAGGCAGCUGCUGGACAGCAGCUUACCCGGUUUCAACUACGCACCGAUCGUGGAGGCCGUGAACUCCGAAAACCUGCAGAAGGAGCUCGAAGAGGUGGCGGUCAUCUUCUGGAAGACCGCUUCCAAGAAGGGCACGGACGCGCAGGAGGCCCUCAGCCGCUUCCGGCAGCAGGUCGAGAAGAUCGUGGAGCUGAAGUGCCAGGCGGUACUUCUCAAGGAUGAAAGCGAAGCUAGCUGGCGCCGUCGCUUCAUCAUAGAAACACUGCAAGCCCAUCGCAUACUGGAGAAUAGAGAAAGCUUGGAGUCGAAGCUCGAGAGGCAUCAAGACUUUUGGCCGAAGUAUCAUCAAGUCUGCCGGCAUUCGGAGGAACUGGCAGAGCUGGUGCCCUCUGCGGUGAUUGAGGCAGAGUUGGCUGCAGAGAAGGAUUCGCCUUCGCGAUGCGCAGGUCGACUGCAGCAGUUGGGAUUGCAGGGUCCGGCAGACUGGAAGACACGCGCAGCCAGGGAGCACGUGGAAAGAGUUCUCGCGUAUCGCAAGAGGGCGUUGAACGACGCUGCAGAUCAAAUGGAUGAACUAACUUCACCGCAACCAAAGGCACCCCUCGUUUUCGAAACAGAUGCCGGCGAGGCCUUAAAGUACUUGAGAUAUGCAUUCGACGAGGCACGGGUACUCGCAAUAGGUGGAUUAGAGAUUUUGAGGUUUGGUCUUCAAGAUAUUUCCUGCCAGCUCUGCUGGGCAUCGGAGGCCUCGCGAUCUGACCAGAUUUCCCGGGUUUUCAGGCGUGAUUUGGAAGCUGUGAUGAAGCGCAUGGGACAACUGCGAAUGGGCAUGCCUGCUUGGACGCCAGGCAUGCCCAGUUUUUGGAAGAGUGCUAUUAGCACCACUUUCGCAGUGGACGUUUCAGUACGUCCCGGUGGUUUUUUCGCACUGCAACAAUGGGCGGAGUCGAUCGCAAUGGCUUUAACCGCAACAGCUGGUGAGUUCCAGGCUUUAACGUUUGUCUUGCAGCAUCACGGAGACAGACUGCCAGUUCCUGAAGUCGAGCAGUCGGUAGCUGCACGCAUUCGCGACAUCCCUGUGCCACGCCCGGUGGAGACUCCUCGUGCUGCAGUCCUUGUUCAUGGGUGCAGCUCGUUAUCGUUUCCCAAGCUCGACAUCGUCACAGUUGGUAAAGACGACUGCACGAGUAUUUGGCGCAAGUUUGAUUAUGGCUUUGAGCCAACCUCAGUUAUGUUGCCAGCAUCUUCAAUCCGGCUAUUUGCGCACACAAUUCCAUCACCGAUGCAGCUGCAACGUGUCUCGGGCCUUCUCGCAAACGCAGGCACGACACGGACGGCACUUCCUGAUGGAUUAUCACUCGCUCCUGUCAUGCCCAACUUCAAUGCGAGCUUGCUGGAGUCAUCUAAAACUAGCAAUAGCAGCAGCAAGGUGCUGGUCUUUGUUUGUCUGCACACGACUUUCUGCGGUGGACACGGAGAUCGUUUGUUCGGACUGCUGUCCGCCUUCUUAGCCGCUACGCUGUCGAAGCGAAUGUUUUACAUUGAUAUGCGUGCACCAAUACCAUUGGGCAGCGUGCUGUCUCCUAAACAAUCGUGGCCUGCCGUCACAUCGUCCUGCAAGACUUACCGGUGGACGUCGGCAGAGGAUCCAAGAGCUUUCGAGCAAGAUGUGUCCCGCUUCUUCCAGGAUGACUCUGAAGCACUUUGCAUAGUUUCAAACGUCAGACUUUUUCGUGUUCUGUUGCUACAUGACAGUUCCAAAGAGUUUGCCCGCUCAGGGCUUCUGUCGGGUUUGUUUCUUCACUUGUUUGACUUGGCAGCAGCACCCGGUGCGAUCGUCAAGGACUUCAUCCGCAGGCUGGGCAGCCGGCCGCUCAUUGGAAUACAUUUCCGUGCCGGGAACGAGACCACAUGGUCAGAUCCUGCAAGGCAUUCCCUUUCGGAUCUCGACCUAGCAUUGACUUGUGCUGCAGCAGUUGAAUCCCAUAUGGCACUACCGGGAGACACGGCAUGGUUACUAGCUGCAGAUACUCUGAAGGUGCGCGACCAUCCAGGUGUUUCAAGUCUUCACUCAGUGGGCAAGGUGUUGUAUGUUGAGGAGAGGCCGACACACAUCGACAGGUCGUCUCCAGAUGUGGAUGCAAUCUACGAGUCAUGGGCUGUAUGGUGGAUCCUAGCAUUUGAAACGGAGGCUUUGUUGCUUUCUCAUUCCAACUUUGGUUGGAGUGCCGCAGAGAUUGGCCAGCGUCGAUCGUUUCACUUUCCUUCCUGCCGGCCAGCAGACGUCACCAGCCCGAGCCGGGCCGGCCGCGGCACCCGCUCCCCCACAGAGGCUGUGCCUUCACAGCAGAUCCGCAAUGACUCUCCCCCCCGGCGGUGGCAGGAGUUGCUGGACAACGUGGCAAUUCCUGACGCGACUUGCAAGAAGCUACGGCACAUGAUGAUACGGAGGCCUCAACUGGGCAAAGGAGGCCACUCAAGGUCAGUGGCACCACGAAGAUCGAAGUCACCGGCGGAGGCACUGUCGAAUGCACACAGAACGCCGAGCCGAAAGAGAUCGCACGGGAGCAAGCAGGCCUUGAAGCCAGCCGAUCUGCUCAAGGACGGAAACAUCCAAAGCUGGGCAGACCUUGGUCUCGGAAGCAUCGGAUACGAAAUGAGGUCCGCGAAAGAACCCGAGGCCGAGGCUCGGCCGAGCGAGCCGAAGCCGGUCACCAGCCCAACGCGCCAAAGUUUGCAGCGCGAGCUCAAGGACCACCUCUCCAUGCGGAGGCCCAGCAGCCCAAGGUGCCGGAGGCCGUCCGUCGGGGGCAAGCCCACUGUGCCGGAUGUAUCUCCAGUCCUCAAAAGGCCAGCUUCCGCUUGCGGUCUUCGUGCCUUGAAGGACUCCACGUCUAUGAUAUAUCUUCAGGUUUGCGAGAGUCAGAAAGUGCUGCCAAGGCCAGCGCCAAUACUGACAGGCCACUCCUCCAAGCUCGAUGCGCGGAAUCAGGGCCUCACAGACGACGAGCUGGAAGCGUGCCGCAUCGCCAUCGCUGCUCUCUCCAAGGUCGAGUCAGUCGACCUAGAGGGCAAUGUCCAGCUCACGGAUGAGGCAGUUGCCAAGUUUCUCGUUUCCCUAGGCAAAGGCCCUGGCUAUACGCUGACCUUCCUGAGCUUGAAAGGAUGCACGGGAACUUCCUUCCUUACUGUCAACUCCAUGCUGAAGCUGCUCGAAGGCCAGUCGCCAGCUUUUGAAGCGCUCCAACAUCUGGACUUAAGUGGCCUCAAGUUUGGAAUUCAGGCUCUUGGCAAUUUCUGUGAUCUGGCGGGACGGCAUCCAGCUCUGCAGACACUUCUUGUCGCUGACGUUGGACUUGGCGCAACAGGUGCCUCCGUUUCAUCCCGAUGGAUUCACAAUUUGCUGGCAAGUCAGACUCUUCGAGAGCUUGACCUGGGCUGGAAUCUCCUGGACUCAGAGGUCUUUAUGAGCUUGGGCGAGAGCGUGCAGCAUAGCCACCUCCGCUGCUUGCGCAUUUCCAGCUGCGCAUCCGUGCACGGAGCGCAUGACAUUGGCAAGCCAGCGGCCACGUUUUUGGAAUACCUGUCCAGCUCGUGCCCGCUGAAAGAGCUGGACAUCUCGUUGAAUCACAUCGACUAUCGUGCAGCCCUCGUGCUAGAGGACCUGCUGUCCGAGAAUCGACAUCUAACUGCGCUCGAUAUCUCCUUCAAUCCGAUCGGACCAGUUGGGAUGAGGAGCUUCGUGCGCCUGCUUUUGCGAGAGCGGUCAGGCUUGCAUCGCGUCCGUUUCGAAGGCUGCGCUGGCGGCAAACAUCCGGUGGAUGAUCUGCAGUUCAUGAAUGCCAACUGUCCGGGUGCGCGGUACUCUCUGCAGCUGGAUCGCCCUGAUCAUCGAUCUGUUCUCAGGAUGCUCUACAAAACCUGUGACGGACUCAAAGUGAGCCCUGGCGAGGCUUUCUUUCACGUCCAGUUUUCCGAGGGCAGCUACAAGCAUCCCUUAGUCGGGGCCGAUGGUAUUUACGCAGUUCCUCGAAAGGGGAGGUUGCAGGCAACCUUCAAGAUCGAGAAAGCCAUACAUCAGCACCUGAAGGAGGUGGAAGAGGAUGACUUCCUCGCCUUCUUAAGACAGCGCAAUGACCUGAUGAGGCUGUGCCCUUCGGGCAACAAGCAGAUUCUGCUGCUACAUGCCUGGAGGACCGUUUCAGAUGUUGACCCAGAUCAGGGCGUCUUCCUCGAUGCACUCGCACGCGAUGUUGUUUUGCCGUUUGCCGUCGUCGAACGGAUGUGCAGAUCCUGCUUAUCUCCUGCUGAAGUCGUAUCCAAGCUCUUCCCGGCCCUUCGUGCUUGUGCUUCCGAGAGAUGUUUGACACUUAUGAUUGCUCGCUCCAUCCCCGACGUGACGCAGAUCCUUCAACACGCACGCCCUCUGAUGUUCUUCAACAUUCGGAAUCCAACCGGACACUACAGGCUGGACCUGUCGCAUCCAGCCGAGCAUUCCAUAGCCGAAGCGCUUGUGCUGCUGGACUCUUGGGAGUCUGCAAUCAGGAUUCGGCAUCGCCACGUCGACACCUCCCAGUUUGGCGACUGGUCCCAGGUCCGGAACAUUACCUUCCGCGGCAGCCCACUGCAGGGACCGUUGACAGAGUGGUUGCUGCCCGAGGCCGGCAAACUUGAACUGGAUUACUCCAGCUCAGCAAGACCACCAGAAGGAGCACAAGUUCUGGAUGACAAAUCCUUUCGAAUCAUGCUCAUUGCUCUGCAGGAUCAAAACUUCCAGAAGAAGGGCAGCCCGAGCGGUGCAGGUCCCGACCAGGCAAAGUUGCCGCGGGACGACAUGCAGGCACUCCGAAUGGUGGCGCACCAGAUUUACAUCACCGCGCUGCAAACUCGAGCACGGGGCCUUGCAAGGGAGAUGAGCAUCGGAGAAUAUUCGAGACCACGUUACUGCUGA